AUGGUUUAUGAAAAACUUCUUUUGGGUACGGUUACCAAUACUCCCUCUCUUCCCUCCAUUAACUUCUCUUCAACUCCUCGGUUACCUCCACUCUCUUUACUGCUUCUUUUCCCUCAAAAGCCUGAAUCUUACCAAAUGAGGAAGAAAGCCAUUGCUAAAAAGCCUCCUCGUAAAAAAAUCUACAAGCCUCCCACAAAGCCUUCAACUCGCUCUCACGACCGAACAUUCACACCCUUACCUUCUCCUCCUACCUCUUCUCCAAGAACUGUCCCCAUGGCACGGACCAAGAACACUCCUAGGUAUCCUGCCUCUGCCAAGUCAACACCACCACCAAAGGCAACGCCUUCCAAACCAAGCUCCUCGAAACCUAGCUCAUCCAAGGGCAAGCACCCUACUACUGAAGAACCUGUUCCUGAGACAACAAAACCUAAGCCAAGGUCUGUUCCAUUGCGUUCACAAAGAGGUAACCCUCAUCUCCCUCUCAAAUCAGUUAGAGAACCAGACAUUGAUCCUUUUGCUCACAAAUCUCACUUCAUGACAUCUCACUCCAACUAUAACCCCCAUCGAUUCAAAUAUGCCAUGAAUCACGAUUUUUUUGAAGGAGUUAUUCAAUACCUGAAACAGCAAAAAGGACCCACUAGAUCUGAAAGGGUGGUCUUAGAUGAUGAAGAUGAUGAAUUUGUCCCUGAGAAAUCUCCUACUCCUUCCACCGAGUGUACUUCCAUAUCUACUGGAAAGAAAUCUGCUCUGCUGAAUGUUGUCAAGGAUGUUGUUCAGGAGUUUGUCUCCCAAUCUAAUCACUUGAUUGCUAUGAGCAAAGAGCAAAGGAAGCUAGCAAGCAAGCAUGAGAAUUUCCUCCGUAAGUCAAGAGAUAGAGUGGCUGUAUUCAUGACUUUCAUUGGUAACCUUCAAAAGGAUGAAGACCCUACCACUGAUGCUGAUGAAGAAGUUGAUUCAGAGGGAAAUGGUUCAGAUGCCUAG